CUGAUUUGAUUGCUGCAAGGACUCUGUUUUUGGAUGCUGAAAAGCCUGCGGUGGGCGCCAUGGAUGUGAAGGAAAGGAAGCCGUACCGUUCCCUAACCCGGCGCCGGGACACUGAACGCCGCUAUACCAGCUCCUCAGCAGAAAGCGAAGAGGGCAAAGUACCCCAAAAGUCCUACAGCUCCAGUGAGACCCUGAAGGCCUAUGACCAAGAUGCCCGCCUAACUUAUGGCAGCCGGGUCAAAGACAUGGUACACCAGGAGGCGGAUGAGUUCUGCCGAGCAGGUGCCAACUUCUCUCUUCGAGAGCUGGGGCUGGGAGAGGUGACCCCACCCCAUGGAACUCUGUACAGGACAGACAUUGGCCUGCCCCACUGUGGCUACUCCAUGGGGGCUGGCUCAGAUGCUGAUGCUGAGGCUGAGGCCGUCUUGUCCCCCGAGCAUCCAGUAAGACUGUGGGGCCGGAGCACCAGAUCCGGAAGGAGCUCCUGCCUGUCGAGCCGGGCCAACUCCAACCUCACCCUCACUGACACUGAGCACGAGAACACGGAGACUGAUCACCCAGCAAGCCUUCAGAACCCGUCCAGGUUGCGGACUCCACCUCCUCCACUGUCUCACUCCCACACCCCCAACCAGCAUCAUGCAGCCUCCAUCAACUCCCUGAAUCGAGGGAACUUUACGCCCCGCAGCAACCCCAGCCCAGCACCGACAGACCACUCUCUUUCCGGAGAGCACCCCGUCGGCCCCCCAGAGUCUGCCCAUGCGCAGGACAACUGGUUACUCAACAGUAACAUCCCGCUGGAAACCAGAAACAUAGCGAAGCAGACAUUCCUAGAGACUUUGCAGGACAACCUCAUUGAGAUGGACAUUCUCACCUCCUCCCGCCAUGAUGGUGCUUACAAUGAUGGGCACUUCCUGUUUAAGCCGGGAGGUACAUCGCCCCUCUUUUGUACCACGUCUCCAGGAUACCCGCUGACGUCCAGCACGGUGUACUCUCCUCCCCCUAGGCCCCUCCCACGAAGCACGUUUUCCAGGCCUGCCUUUAACCUUAAGAAGCCCUAUAAGUACUGUAACUGGAAGUGUGCUGCGCUCAGCGCUAUCAUCAUCUCGGUCACACUGGUGGUCCUGUUGGCGUAUUUUGUCGCCAUGCACCUGUUUGGCCUAAACUGGCACCUGCAGCCGCUGGAAGGGCAGAUGUAUGAGAUGACGGAGAACACGGCCAGCAGUUGGCCUGUGCCAACAGACGUCUCCCUGUAUCCCUCGGGGGGCACGGGGUUAGAGUUACCUGACAGGAAAGGCAAAGAAGCCGGAGAAGGGAAGCCUAGUAGUUUCUUUCCAGAGGAGAGUUUUAUCGACUCGGGAGAGAUCGACGUGGGGAGACGGGCAUCCCAGAAGAUCCCUCCAGGUAUUUUUUGGAGAUCUCAGGUGUUUAUAGAUCACCCGGUGCAUCUGAAAUUCAACGUGUCCUUGGGAAAAGCAGCUCUGGUUGGGAUUUAUGGCAGAAAAGGCCUUCCUCCUUCUCACACACAGUUUGAUUUUGUGGAGCUCUUGGAUGGGAGGCGACUUUUGACUCAGGAGGUGAGGAGCUUGGAAGGCCCUCAGCGCCAGUCCCGAGGCUCUGUCCCUCCUUCCAGCCACGAGACUGGCUUCAUCCAAUAUUUGGAUUCCGGGAUUUGGCACCUGGCUUUCUACAAUGAUGGAAAGGAAUCUGAAGUGGUUUCUUUUCUCACCACUGCUAUUGAAUCUGUGGAUAAUUGUCCAAGCAACUGCUACGGGAAUGGAGAUUGUGUUUCUGGGACCUGCCAUUGUUUCCUUGGUUUCUUGGGUCCAGACUGCGGCAGAGCCUCCUGCCCCGUACUUUGCAGUGGAAAUGGACAGUACAUGAAGGGGAGGUGUCUGUGCCACAGCGGCUGGAAAGGCGCUGAGUGCGAUGUGCCCACCAACCAGUGCAUUGACGUGGCCUGUAGCAACCGUGGCACGUGCAUCAUGGGGACCUGCAUUUGUAAUCCAGGCUACAAGGGAGAGAGCUGUGAAGAAGUGGAUUGCCUGGAUCCUACCUGCUCUGGAAGGGGCGUCUGCGUCCGAGGUGAGUGCCACUGCUCUGUUGGCUGGGGAGGAACCAGCUGUGAAACGCCGAGGGCCACAUGUUUGGACCAGUGUUCGGGCCAUGGAACCUUCCUUCCUGACACGGGACUCUGCAGCUGCGAUCCCAAUUGGACCGGGCAUGACUGUUCAAUUGAGAUCUGUGCUUCGGACUGUGGAGGCCACGGAGUCUGCGUGGGAGGCACGUGUCGCUGUGAGGAUGGCUGGAUGGGGUCGACCUGUGAUCAGAGGGCAUGUCACCCUCGCUGUAAUGAGCACGGGACCUGCCGGGACGGCAAAUGUGAAUGCAGCCCAGGCUGGAAUGGAGAACAUUGCACCAUUGCUCACUAUCUGGAUAAGGUAGUGAAAGAAGGCUGUCCUGGUUUGUGCAACGGGAAUGGCAGGUGUACCCUGGACCUGAACGGAUGGCACUGCGUCUGUCAGCUGGGCUGGAGAGGCGCGGGCUGCGACACCUCCAUGGAAACCGCGUGUGGCGAUAGCAAGGACAAUGAUGGAGAUGGCUUGGUGGACUGCAUGGACCCAGAUUGCUGCCUGCAGCCCCAGUGUCACGUUAGUGCUCUGUGCCUCGGUUCGCCUGACCCUGUGGACAUCAUCCAGGAGACACAGGCACCCGUAUCCUCACAGAACCUGCGUUCCUUCUACGAUCGCAUCAAGUUCCUUGUAGGAAAGGACAGUACCCACAUCGUCCCUGGAGAGAAUCCCUUCGACGGAGGGCAUGCCUGCGUCAUUCGAGGCCAAGUGAUGACAUCCGAUGGAACUCCACUGGUUGGUGUGAACAUCAGUUUUGUCAACAACCCUCUCUUUGGGUAUACCAUCAGCAGACAAGAUGGCAGCUUUGAUCUGGUGACAAAUGGCGGGAUCUCCAUCAUCCUGAGAUUUGAGCGAGCGCCGUUCAUUACUCAGGAACACACACUCUGGCUCCCGUGGGACCGCUUCUUUGUCAUGGAGACCAUCGUCAUGCGGCAUGAAGAGAAUGAGAUCCCGAGCUGUGACCUCAGCAACUUUGCCCGCCCCAACCCUAUCGUCUCUCCUUCCCCUCUGACAGCCUUUGCAAGUUCAUGUGCAGAGAAAGGCCCUAUUGUUCCUGAAAUCCAGGCUCUGCAGGAAGAGAUCAGCAUCUCGGGCUGUAGCAUGAAGUUGAGCUACCUGAGCAGCCGGACGCCUGGCUACAAGUCCGUCCUGAAGAUCAGCCUCACCCACCCCACCAUCCCCUUCAAUCUCAUGAAGGUGCAUCUCAUGGUAGCAGUGGAAGGGCGCCUCUUCAGGAAGUGGUUCGCUGCUGCCCCGGACCUCUCCUACUACUUCAUCUGGGACAAGACCGAUGUCUACAACCAGAAGGUGUUUGGCCUCUCAGAAGCCUUUGUUUCUGUUGGGUAUGAAUAUGAAUCCUGCCCAGACUUGAUCUUAUGGGAGAAGAGGACCGCAGUACUUCAGGGCUAUGAGAUUGAUGCUUCCAAACUGGGCGGAUGGACCUUGGACAAACAUCACGCCCUCAACAUCCAGAGUGGUAUACUACAUAAAGGAAAUGGAGAAAACCAGUUUGUGUCCCAGCAGCCACCCGUCAUUGGGAGCAUCAUGGGUAAUGGACGGAGGCGAAGCAUUUCCUGUCCCAGCUGCAAUGGCCUUGCCGAUGGCAACAAGCUUCUGGCUCCGGUGGCCCUCGCGUGCGGCUCAGAUGGGAGCCUCUAUGUUGGUGACUUCAACUACAUUCGGAGGAUCUUCCCUUCUGGCAAUGUCACCAACAUCCUGGAGUUAAGAAAUAAAGAUUUCAGACAUAGCCAUAGUCCCGCUCACAAGUACUACCUGACGACAGACCCCAUCACUGGAUCCAUCUUCCUCUCUGACACCAACAGUCGGCGGGUCUUCAAGGUCAAGUCAACCACAGUCGUGAAGGAUGUUGUCAAGAAUUCCGAGGUGGUGGCAGGCACGGGAGAUCAGUGCCUUCCCUUUGAUGACACUCGCUGUGGCGAUGGCGGGAAGGCAACGGAAGCCACGCUCACCAAUCCCAGGGGCAUUACGGUGGACAAGUUCGGGCUGAUCUACUUCGUGGAUGGCACCAUGAUCAGGCGCAUUGAUCAGAAUGGAAUUAUCUCCACCCUCCUGGGAUCCAAUGACCUGACCUCUGCUCGGCCUCUCAGCUGUGACUCCGUCAUGGAUGUAUCUCAGGUUCGCCUAGAGUGGCCCACUGAUUUGGCAAUCAACCCAAUGGAUAACUCCCUCUAUGUUCUUGACAACAAUGUGGUCCUUCAGAUCUCUGAGAACCAUCAAGUCCGCAUAGUCGCUGGGAGACCCAUGCACUGCCAGGUGCCUGGUAUUGACCAUUUCUUACUGAGCAAAGUGGCAGUCCAUGCGACUCUGGAGUCUGCCACGGCCCUGGCCGUCUCUCACACUGGGGUCCUAUACAUUGCCGAGACUGACGAAAAGAAAAUCAACCGAAUCAGGCAGGUCACCACUAAUGGGGAGAUUUCCCUGGUCGCUGGUGCUCCCAGUGGCUGUGACUGCAAGAACGAUGCCAACUGUGACUGUUUCUCUGGGGACGAUGGGUAUGCCAAGGACGCUAAGUUAAAUUCCCCAUCUUCCCUUGCCGUGUGUGCUGAUGGGGAGCUCUAUGUAGCUGAUCUGGGAAAUAUCAGGAUCCGCUUUAUCCGGAAAAACAAACCAUUCCUGAACACCCAGAAUUUGUAUGAGCUGUCCUCCCCCAUUGACCAGGAGCUCUACUUGUUUGACACCAGUGGUAAACAUCUGUAUACCCAGAGCCUCCCCACCGGAGAUUACCUGUACAACUUCACUUACACAGGUGAUGGUGACAUCACCCUCAUCACAGAUAACAAUGGCAACAUAGUGAAUGUGCGGAGGGACUCCACUGGGAUGCCUCUCUGGCUGGUGGUUCCAGAUGGCCAGGUGUACUGGGUGACAAUGGGCACUAACAGUGCCCUCAAAAGUGUGACCACCCAAGGCCAUGAGUUGGCCCAAAUGACUUACCAUGGCAACUCUGGUCUCCUUGCAACCAAAAGCAAUGAAAACGGAUGGACAACAUUUUAUGAGUAUGACAGCUUUGGCCGCCUGACAAAUGUGACAUUCCCCACUGGCCAAGUGAGCAGCUUCCGAAGCGAUACAGACAGCUCAGUGCACGUCCAGGUGGAAACUUCCAGCAAAGAUGACGUGACCAUAACCACCAACCUGUCAGCUUCCGGUGCCUUCUACACGCUGCUACAGGACCAAGUGCGAAAUAGCUACUACCUAGGUGCUGAUGGCUCCCUGAGGUUGAUGCUGGCCAAUGGGAUGGAAGUGGCCUUACAGACUGAGCCCCACCUUCUGGCUGGCACCGUCAACCCCACAGUGGGCAAGAGGAACGUGACCCUGCCCAUCGACAAUGGGCUCAACCUUGUGGAAUGGAGACAGCGCAAAGAGCAGGCCAGGGGUCAGGUCACUGUCUUCGGACGCCGGCUACGGGUUCACAACCGAAACCUCCUGUCCCUGGACUUUGAUCGAGUGACUCGGACAGAGAAGAUCUACGAUGACCACCGGAAGUUUACACUUCGGAUCCUGUAUGACCAGGCUGGAAGGCCCAGUCUCUGGUCCCCCAGCAGCAGGCUGAAUGGCGUCAACGUGACCUACUCCCCAGGCGGCCACAUCGCCGGCAUCCAGCGGGGCACCAUGUCAGAAAGGAUGGAGUAUGACCAGGCGGGCCGUAUCACAUCCAGGAUCUUUGCCGACGGGAAGUCCUGGAGCUACACUUACCUAGAGAAGUCCAUGGUGUUGCUUCUUCACAGCCAACGACAAUACAUCUUUGAAUUUGACAAGAAUGACCGCCUGUCCUCCGUGACCAUGCCCAACGUGGCCCGGCAGACUCUGGAAACCAUCCGUUCCAUCGGUUACUAUCGUAAUGUCUACCGGCCCCCCGAGGGCAACGCCUCAGUCAUCCAAGACUUCACCGAGGACGGGCACCUCCUCCACACCUUUUAUUUGGGCACAGGCCGGAGGGUGAUCUAUAAAUAUGGGAAGCUGUCGAAGCUGGCCGAGAUGCUGUAUGACACCACGAAGAUUGGCUUCACUUACGACGAGACAGCGGGCAUGCUCAAGACUAUCAACUUACAGAAUGAAGGGUUCACGUGUACCAUCCGCUACCGGCAAAUCGGUCCCCUGAUUGACCGCCAGAUCUUCCGGUUCACAGAGGAAGGGAUGGUGAACGCCCGCUUUGACUACAACUAUGACAACAGCUUCCGGGUGACGAGCAUGCAGGCUGUGAUCAAUGAGACCCCACUGCCCAUUGACCUCUACCGCUAUGAUGAUGUGUCAGGAAAGACCGAGCAGUUUGGCAAGUUUGGGGUCAUUUACUAUGACAUUAACCAGAUCAUCACCACGGUCAUGACCCACACCAAGCACUUUGACGCGUACGGGAGGAUGAAAGAGGUCCAGUAUGAGAUAUUCCGGUCCCUCAUGUACUGGAUGACCGUGCAGUAUGACAAUAUGGGACGGGUGGUGAAGAAGGAGCUGAAGGUGGGGCCGUAUGCCAACACUACUCGCUACUCCUAUGAGUAUGACGCUGACGGACAGCUCCAGACAGUGUCGAUCAAUGACAAGCCCCUCUGGCGCUACAGCUACGACCUCAACGGGAACCUGCACCUGCUGAGCCCCGGGAACAGCGCCCGCCUCACCCCGCUAAGGUAUGACCUCAGAGAUCGGAUCACCAGGCUGGGUGAUGUCCAGUACAAGAUGGAUGAAGACGGCUUCCUGAGGCAGAGGGGCAGCGAUGUGUUUGAGUAUAACUCGGCAGGCCUGCUCAUUAAGGCGUACAACCGGGCUAGCGGAUGGAGCGUGAGGUACCGCUACGAUGGGCUGGGGAGGAGGGUGUCCAGCAAGACGAGCCAUGGCCACCACCUCCAGUUCUUCUACGCAGAUCUGACCAACCCCACCAAGGUCACCCAUUUAUACAACCAUUCCAGCUCGGAGAUCGCAUCCCUCUACUAUGACCUCCAGGGUCACCUGUUUGCCAUGGAGCUCAGCAGUGGAGAUGAAUUCUACAUCGCCUGUGACAACAUCGGGACCCCACUGGCGGUAUUCAGCGGGACCGGCUUGAUGAUCAAGCAGAUCUUGUACACUGCUUACGGGGAGAUCUACAUGGACACCAACCCGAACUUCCAGGUCAUCAUUGGCUACCAUGGGGGCCUCUAUGAUCCACUCACCAAGCUCAUCCACAUGGGAAAGAGAGAUUACGAUGUGCUGGCCGGUCGGUGGACCAGCCCAGACCAUGACAUGUGGAAGCGCCUCAGGAGCAACAAUAUCAUGCCCUUCAACCUCUAUAUGUUUAAAAACAACAACCCCAUCAGCAACUCUCAGGAUAUCAAGUGCUACAUGACGGAUGUCAACAGCUGGCUUCUUACCUUUGGAUUCCAGCUGCACAACGUGAUUCCUGGAUAUCCCAAGCCUGAUACAGACUCCAUGGAGCCAUCCUAUGAGCUUAUCCACACACAGAUGAAAACCCAGGAGUGGGACAAUAGCAAGUCCAUCCUUGGGGUGCAGUGUGAGGUGCAGAGGCAGCUAAAAUCCUUCGUCACCCUGGAACGGUUUGAGCAGAUCUAUGGUUCUCACAUCGUCGGCUGCCAGCAGUCCCAGGAGACAAAGAAAUUCGCCUCCAGUGGGUCUGUCUUUGGCAAGGGAGUAAAAUUUGCCAUGAAAGAUGGAAGAGUGGCCACCGACAUCAUCAGCACAGCCAAUGAGGAUGGUCGGAGGAUCGCUGCCAUCUUGAACAAUGCCCACUACCUGGAGAACUUGCACUUCACAGUCGAGGGGGUAGACACGCACUACUUCGUGAAAGCAGGGCCUUCGGAGAGUGACCUGGCCAUCUUGGGCCUCAGCGGGGGGCGACGGACCCUGGAGAAUGGGGUGAAUGUUACGGUUUCCCAGAUCAACACAAUGAUCAGUGGAAGGACUAGACGCUAUACCGACAUCCAGCUGCAGCAUGGGGCGCUGUGUUUGAACACCCGCUACGGGACAACCCUGGAUGAGGAGAAGGCGCGAGUACUGGUAGCCAGACAGAGGGCUGUGGGCCAGGCCUGGGUCCGAGAACAGCAGAGACUACGGGAAGGGGAGGAGGGCAUCCGCUCCUGGACAGAGGGGGAGAAGCAGCAGGUGCUGAGCACCGGGCGGGUGCAAGGCUAUGACGGAUACUUUGUCAUCUCGGCAGAGCAGUACCCAGAACUGGCCGACAGUGCCAGCAACAUUCACUUCAUGAGACAGAGUGAGAUGGGCAGAAGGUGACAGAGAGGGUCCGAGCAUUAACUUCUUGCCAAAGACAGCUACUCUCUUGUGGCCACUUACCUGACUGUGUUGUACUCGGGAAAAAAGAAAAAAACAAACAAACAAAAAAACAAACAAAAACAAAAACAAAAAAAAAGAAAAAAGAAAAAAAAUUUUCUUAAUGAGCUCAGAAAAAGAAAAAAAAAGAGAUUGGUUGCACGGUAACUCAUGCAACAUCCUUUCUUUUUUUAAUUUGGCCUUCACACGUUUUUGCAAAGAACAGAAGGUAUUAUUUUUUUCCCGUAGUGUGUGAUCAAAGUGAAAACUUUCCUGUUUCUUGUUCCUUUUUUUAUGUUGUGGUUUGGGGUCGUGUUUUCUUUUCUUUUCUUUUCUUUUUUUUUGUCUUUCUCCCUUGGGAGGCAUUUCCAGAUGAGUGGGUCAGUGUCUUUUCCUAAGUACUUGGUCAGUCGGAAGUGAGCCCAGAGUAUGUGUGUGUGUGCUACCUGGUCCCAUCCCAGGCCCAGGCUUCCGAAGACAAGAGGGAAAGGUGGGAUGGGAAGAGAGAGAGAGAAGAAAAUCACACCCCAGUGCACUUACUUAAAGUCUCCAGGGGCCAAGGCUGGGUCCACUGGGUGGGAGUAGCAGGGAGGGGGUCCUAUUGCAUCUUUGAAUCCUUGGUAGGGCCCUUGAGCCUCCAUGUGACCCCUGCCCAGUAUUUUGUGCCUCUGGAGACCCAAAAACCAGCAUGUCCCUUUGCUGGAGGCCAAGGUGACAUUCAGCACCCUUCCCCAUGGGCCCCAGGCUAAAGACCCAACUUUAGAUCUUGAAACCAGUUAUGUAAGACCACCACCAUCCCCCCCCCUCCAUCCUAUCCUUAUGCCUUUCCACUAGGAAAGGUUUUUCCUCUUGCUCCCCAUUCUAGUGACGGGGAGCAGUCAUAAGACCUGAGUAUGAAUCUCAGCAAGUCACUCCCCCUCUUUGAGCCUUGAAUCGCUCCUCCGGAUUAGACUAGAUCAUCUCUGAAUCUCCUUCCAGUGCUAACAGUCUGUGAGUCUGAGAACUCCUGUGCUCAAGUCUGAGCACUCCCAGGAUGUUAGGUGCUAGAUGGAAUUAGCCAUGUUCCUUAUUUUUGGAGGCCGUGGUCUGUUGUCAUGGUUGGGUUCCCCAUCUGGUUCCACUAUUCCCCAUAGUCGGAGCUGAGACUAGUUUUAGGUAACUAGAUGAGCCUAGAGGGAGGGCCAGUGUCCCAAUAAGAGAAGCCUCCUGCCACAAGCAAAAGACCUUGUAUACAAGUGGUGCUUAAUAAAUGUUGAUUGUGAUGAAAUGAUAGAGGUGGCAGUGGAGUUCAGAAUUUGCCUUCCUUCUCAAAGUCCCCUUGAUGUGCCCUGGCAAGGGUUGAGGGGGUAUGGGGGAUAAGGGGAUGUUAGGAAGGGGUAUAGCGGCAAAAGGAUUGUCGUGACACCUAGGUGCUAUUCACAGGCAGGAACAGUGGGGUCUGAAAAGAAAGGCAUUAUUAGUGGAAUGCAGGGAGGCAGAAUGCUUGGAGGAGGGGAUGUUUUUCUGAUAAGCUAAUCGAGGGAGAGUCCUGAGCGAGAAAUGACAUUAACUAUCCCUGAAAAUUCUCAAGCCCCUCAAAAAAAAAGUCUGGCAUGUGGCAGGCUAGCUGGGUGGCUAGCUAACAAGUGCUCUGGAAUAAGUCAUGAAAUAAUUGGUUGCGGGGGGAGCAUUCCUGGAAAUAACUGGCUGCACGGGAGCCCCAGUGGCAAUUUGAAUAGUGGAAGGGACCUUGGAUCUGGAGUUCCAAGGGCCAGAGUUCAACUACUCUCUCACCCGUGUGACAUUGAGCAAGUCAUUUCAUAGUGUUAGAACCUCAGGUUUUUUCGUUUGUAAAGGACAGGCUAGCAACCUAAAGCCCCUUUCAGCUCUAAAUCCCAUAGAUCCUUUUUGUUUUUAAAGAAAGACCACCUGCUGAAAACCUUGCUUAACGUGGCAGUGUGUUUCGUACUGAAGUGCUCCCAGAGCCACCAAGCCAGGAAUCUCCCACCCUCCACGAGCCUGACCUCACUUUGUCAGGUCAGCCCAGCCCCCCCCCCCAGUCAUAACACAAGCAACCCAGCAGGAAGAGAAACAAAGUUUCCUUCCCCCCACCCCCAACCACUCCUUUUCCCCCAGGAGAUGUGCUAUGGGCAUGCUGUUUGGGGAUGAUCACAGGGUAGGGGCAGUGUGGAUCAGCCAUGAUUUUGGGGCCCUUGGGCAGCUGGGAAGUAGAUGAGCUGGAGAGAGCUAAGCUUCCCCUACUCUGUGUGUGUGUGUGUGUGUGUGCAGCACCCUUGUGUUAAGCAUUUGCUGUCAACAGAGUUCCUUUUCUCGUUCACACACUUCAUCACCAUGGCCAUCAAUGUGGGGGGGGGGCAGGAAGAGAUGCUACCACCUUCUUUUUGGGGCUGGCUUGUUGGAAAAAAUGGGCCUUUUGUGGUAGCAAAUGGGUUUCAUUUACAUUAAGUGUGAAAAAUGGAUUUCAAGUCUGAGCUAUUCCCAGUGGAAACUUUGUUGGACUGAUAAGCUCUCGGUACCUUUAUAGCCUUACUCACGGAGUCUUCAGAUUAUUACACAAGCUAAUGAAAGCAGGCCGGUCUCUCGAUUUCCAAAAGCCUGUGCACCUUCUAGUCUGUGCUAGGCCAAGAACUAGGGGACAGUUCAAACCUGCCUGAUGGAAAAUAAAUUUAUUUGCCUUAGGUUUUCGGGUGGGAGGGGCAGUGGUGAGAGGUUGUAGUUAACUGGGUGCUUUUCAGGUUAAAGAAAAAAAAAAACAGAAGUCACACUACUAUGAAAAUAAACUUUGGGUCUGUCCAUCUAUUUCACUGCCACCUCUAAAUCAGAGCUCUGCUGAAUCGGAGGACAUUCUUAGAAUGCUGCCAGGGGAUUAGUGCCGCCAUCCAAGCUGGAGACCCGGUUCUCUGUCUAGCCAUAUCUGCUUUAAGGUGCAACAAGAUGGGACCAGAAAAAAAAUGGGACAAAACCCAAAGAGCUUUGGGUGGGGGAGUCAAGAAAACUGGGUCUAGUCCCAGAUCUAUCACUCUGUAACCUGGGACAAGUCACUUCCCCUUUGGGGACCUAUGUUCCUUCCUCUAUAAAAUGAAGGGAUUGUACUAGAUGAUCUAUCUCUGAGGUCCUUUCCAGCUCUGACAUCCUAUGGAUCUAUUCAUCUUGCUCAGAAAAUUGCCAGAUGUGCUACUGUUUCUUCAUGGCCCCCAAUCCUUGUGGGCCUCAGCCUCUAAAAUGCCACUUGAUAAUGGCCAUGUGCCCAAGGACAAGGAUGGCUAUCAGUAGACCUAAUGGGAUGCCUACUGGCCUCUUAGCUCUCCCCAGUAAGGAGGAAUUAUUAGGAUCACCCACUGUGAGCUGCAGAGACAGCAGAGUGACUAAGGCAAGGGGUCCCCCCACUGACAUCAUGUUGCCAAAAACCUCAGUAUCUGAAGUCCCACUUUGGUUAGCCUUUGGUUUGGAAGCACUGGAAAGUCUCUUGCAUUAAAUGAUUAUCAAUUGUUUCUUUUCAGCUACAUAGUGGAAGAGAGAGCAGAUUUGUGCUGCUUGGUCCUAGGGGGUAGAGCUAAGACCAAAAGGGGGCCAGGAAGUCCCAGGAAGGCAGAUUUCAUCUCAGUUGGAAGAAGAAUGUUCUAACAUUUCCAGUUGUCCCACGAUGAAAUGGACUACCUCAUUGAGCAGUGAGUUCCCCAUCCCUGAGGGUCCUUAAGCCGAGGCUAAAUGGCCUUCUGCAAGGAAUAGUGUAGAAGGUACUCCUGUUCAAUUAGAGGUUGGACUGGAUGACCCCCAAAGUUUGUUCUCCUUCUGGGCUUUUGUAAUUUGUGAUUCUGGUAUGUGGUAAUGGAGCAUCAGCAGCCCUAAAUGGGAACAGGAAGGCCUUAGAAUGUCAGGGGGGGAGUGAAAGACCAGAGAGGUUAUCUUGCCCACCCCAUCCCCCUCCUUUCCGAUAGCCAGAAUUACCCAACAAGCAGAUGCUACCAGUUAUCACUGCAGAAGCCACUUGUUGGCUCCACCACCCUUUUGAGUUGCCUUGUCCUGAAUGGUGGUGAAUAGUUCAAGCUGAACUGCCCAUUCCAUCACCCAGGUCCCCCUGUGACCAGCAACACAUUUUUACGAGAUGGCCCACCAGGUUUUAUAUGUAGCCUACAAGCUUGGAAAAGGAUAAAUCUUUAGGCAAACCUAAAAAUCCCAUCCAGUGACUUGACCUAUGACCUGGGCUUUAUAAGGACUAGACUCAGUCCAAAGUUAAACAAGCUAGAUCAGAACUUUCACAAAGUACAUUGGGGCUGCCCCAACGGGAAUGAAUUCCCAUUAUUCAUUACAAUCUUCCAAGUGGAGACCAGAUAAAAGGCCUAAGGAUGGGGAUACCGUAGGAAAGAUUCCUCUUGUAUGGGUUAGACUGGAUAACCUCGGGGGCCCUUUCAGCUUUAAUAGUCUGUGAUUCUACGUGCCCUGAUCAGUUCAAUUCUGAAGCAAUCAAAGCACCUUCUUUGGUUGACACUCAUUCUUGGGUAGCUGUGUUACGUUGAUCUCUUACCAGAGAAGGAAGUUAACUAUAGUAUGGAUCCCCCAUCUUGCACCCCCGCCCACCCACAUAGACACCUCUAACCCUGUAUCUCUUGAGUAGGACCCAAAGCUCUUCUUUUCCAUUGGUCUCAUUGAGCAAGACCUUGGUUCAUGGGAGCAGUAUAUUUUACCUGCAACCCAAAAGAGAAACACUGAACUGCAGAAGCUGGGAAGGUGUUAGAUAGUAGAGCAAGUUGGUAAGCAGUCCUGUUACCAGGUGGGGGCCCUGCCACUCAUCUGUCAAAGGUACCAGCUGAGACUAGAGCCCUAUGAGCCACCGAGAGACCUGGUAUUUAAUUUCUACAUUAAGAAUCAAUACUUACUAGCUGUGUGACCCUGGGAAAGUCACUUAACCCCAAUUGCCUAAAAAAAAAAAAAGAAUC